UGCUGAGGGGAAACGUCGGGAAGGAGAAGACAGAGGGAUAUUGUUGGGGAAAAGGGAGACACACACCCCGAACGGUGGCUAGGCAAAGCCCAACACACUCCACCCUGCAUACGCCAGCCCCAAACCCAGGGGAAGCCCUGGCUAAAAUCCAGGAAAAACACUGCUGAGGAUCCAAGGAAUCAGAGCCAUGAUCUGUGUGGAGAGUGUCCCUCACGGGAGGAACCUGAAUGGAACCGAGCGAGGCUGGGGCAGGAGGGUCAGAGCGAGCAGAGAAGGGGAACCCUGUCCAUGCCAAGGCCCAGGGCAGCCCUAUCCCAGGAAAUGGGCAGGGAGCGGAUCCUUGAGCUGCUGCACGUUUGUGCUGUCCUCCCUCAGCCGGGAACCCCCUCAUUGCCCGGGGGGAGCUGGUGGCAGUGGGGAGUGGGAGAGGAAAGAAGCGGAACACAAGGAUCUGUCCUACAGCCACAUGGACUGCGAUGCCGUGUUCAUGGGCUGUGCCAAAUGGCUGCCCUGUUGGGAACAGAACCAGAAACCUCCAUCAACAUCCUAAUUUACUGCUCCAGAGAAAGAAAAAUUCCAAACUUUAAUUCCAAGGAGGAUAAUUUAAUAUCUCCUUGGCAUCUGGAGAUCUAUUACCUGAAUCCAGUCAUGAGUUUCCUUCAGGUCUCUGCCCUCGAGACCAGUGAAACAGAUAGUGGGGUUAAACUCUUUCUCACUUCUUAAAUCUGGAUCCUCCCAUUCCAUGAGAGAUUUUUGGUUGCCACAGUCUUAACUUGCUGUGAGGCUUUAAGGAUUAGAGAGCCUCCUACUCUUUUCACCAUUAAAGCUGUGGCUGCACAAGUUUGCAAACAAUGGGGCUACCUCUCGCCAUGUGGUCUAACAUUUUAGAAAAAGGGGCCAUCGGUCUUCAAGAAUGGCCCUGUAGUGUUCUUGCACUAGAACUCCUUUGGCCUGCUUCUGUUCAACAUCCACAUAAAAUUCAAAUUCUUUUUCCCUGUUUGGAAGGGCUAGGGCAGGUUCCUCAGUUCAUCUGCUUUUUACCACUUCAAAGUUCUGUCAGGUUCUUACCGGGCAGGAGAGCAGUGCUAUAGGGAGACAUGUGUGGCUCCAAAAGACCUGCCUUUAACAGUGACUCUCUAACUAGCUGUAAUCCCUUCCUUCCCUCCCUUGAAAUAAUGUAUUGCUUUUUAGAUAGCACUUGUCCUGGUGGCUUCAAAGUGAUUUGGAAGGUUCCAUAUCUCAUUUUCUACAUUUCCUUGGGACUGCCCACACCUGUGGGUUUACUUCAGCAUAGGCCUUCUCAGACCUAAAAUGGUGGUAGCUUCCUUAUCGCCUUUCACAAUAUUAAUUCACCUGGCUCAUGGGUGACAGAAAGGAAAUGCAGGUUCUAUUUCAGGAUUUUAAGAGGUGUUUUAAUUGUGUCCCUUAGAGAAUCCUUCUGGAGCAGAAGUGCCAGUGUGCAAUGAACGGGGACAGGGAGUGAAGAACUGACUUAUGUGAUACGGGAAUGUGUCUUGCUGGGGAUCCAAGGCAGCCAAAUUUCAUCCAGAAAAAAAAGGCAUUAAGUUCAAGCCUUUGGAAGCAUUUGUUUAAGUUAUGGCAAAGAAAAAGGGCUUAUAGCAGUUAAUAUGUUAAUCAUAUUAACCUUAGAAGGUUAUGUUUCUCGAAUGUUCCUGCUUCUCUCCCCUGAUUGAUUGUUAUUUGUUGCAGAAUUUUGCAUAUUUCUAACUCCAGUGGUAGGACCCAUGCCCUCUGACUCUGCCCUCAGGCCUACCCUAUAUAUUUUUGUGUCUGCCCAUAGUCCUGGUCUUUGGAGUUUGUCCCUAUACUUGUACACGGUUUAUGGGCAUUGUCCCUAUUUUAUUUCUCAUUAAAGUGUUAAUUUUAGGAGGACACAAACUCUGUCAUACAAUUUCCUUUAUUUGCGCCACAAUUCCCUGAAGUCAAAGAACCCUAAAGUAUUAAAGGUACUGGUUUUCAAUGGGAUAGCAUCCAUUUUAUUCCCAGUAAUAGGCACAGAACUGGAUUUGAAUACAACUUCCGAUUCAGCAUGGGAAUGUAGUGGAUAGAACACCGAUGGUUUUCAUGUUGCUCAGCAGGGCUUGUCCUGUUCAAGGACUUUGCAAUGCCCUAUUGGACAAUCCGUGUCCCAUGCUCUGCCAGCAAGGAGACGAGACUAUCACCAUUCCCCUCCUCAUCCCUGUGUCCCAUUUUGACAAGAAUCUUCCAUCCUCUCUGCUCCAGAGGGUGCUGGAGUGCCCACAUGGAGCCCCUUCCUAGUUACUGUGGAACUGCUGUGCGCGGGGGUGAUCCAUGGCCGAGAUGUCACACCGUUGUCCUGACCACAGCACUGUGACAUCACCGCGCCAACCCUAUAUAAACGGGGCCGGCGCCCCCAGCUGCCAGUGCAGUUGCGAGUGGACGUGCCGUAGCCAUGGGUGACGGUGGCGUCCUAAUAGCUGCACUUGUCCUGCUGCUGGCCAUUGUGGCUGUCUGGUGGGCCGUUGGCCACUGGCAGCCGUGGAGGCAGCAGGCAAGGAAGCGACGUAGGUUUAGGCCCAGAGGCCCAUGGAGGAAGCGGGCAGCCCCUGUGGCUCCCGGGUUCUCCAGGCCUCGGGCAACUACUCGCAGGCGGCCAGGUGCUCCCGCGUGCCCUCUGGAGAGCUCCUGCAGCUGCGGUCCCUGCAUGGCAGUGGCCCAAGAGCUGCAGGAAGUUAUGACCCAGAUCUGGGCGCACAAUGGGACACCUGUGCCGCUCUACUUUGGGAUGUGGCAGGCACUACGAACACAACUGGAGAAGUUGAUGAAGCGAAGCCACCUGCCCUGCUGUGGCUCGUCCAGCUUCUCCAGAAGCCGCCAUCCCAUCAGGAGGCUGCUCCCACCAAGUUUGGCCAUCGGUGGGAGAGCCUCAACCCUUGCAAGGAUGAGAAGACCCGCCAUCCCUGCAAGAGGUUCAGGCUGUCAGAGGGUGUCCAUCGUGCCAGGAGCCUCUGCUACCUCUGACAGCCUCCAUCUCUCGGAGAGGCUCCGCUUGACCUGUCAGCCUGCAGAAGUUGCAGAGCCCAGGGACAGGUCUCCCAGCUCCCAUGGACCCUUGGACCUUGACAACAUGGGCACAUCCCUGACCACUGACGUGGCCAGGGAAAGCCCAGAAGUCCAAGUGGGAGCCCAGCCCGAUCCAGGGGAGCCAUACCAGGAGCAGCUGGAGGAGCAGCAAGUGUCCUGGAGCCAGCAGCUGCUGGACCACAGCUCCCAGGUCACGGUGCUGGACGUGCCAGCUGGCAACAGCCCGGGCCUGGUUGAGGAGGCAAUUCCCCAGAGACCAGGGAGUUUCCUCCAUAUCCAGGAUGCUGCUCCCAUACAGCCACCAACAACCGCUGCUCCUGAGACCCCCCUGCGUGAAGCCUCGGGCUGUAGCCCCGGCCGUCCACACGGGCAGAGUCCAGCCCAGGACGGCGGGGACAGCGACGGUGCCGCCUUGUCCCGCUCCACUCAGGCUCCUGCAGCCGCCUGUGCGCCCUGUCCUGGCCCAGCUGUGCCGCUCGCCAGCCCGACGGCGGAAAGGCUGUGGCCGCUGUCCGGCGCGCAGGAAGAAGCAGGGCACAAGAAAGAGCUGUGGGAGCUGUACCAGCUGGGCCCGCAGCUGGGGAGCGGUGGCUUCGGCACCGUUUUCUCGGGAACCCGACUCUCCGACGGGAGCCCGGUGGCCAUCAAGCGCGUGGCCCGGGACACGGUCCUGCACUGGGACGAGCUGCCCGACGGCACCUGUGUUCCGAGGGAGAUCGUGCUCAUGAAGAUGGUGGGCUUCGGCUGCCACAGAAUCAUCCAGCUCCUGGACUGGUUCGAGCUGCCCGACAGCUUCGUUCUGGUUCUGGAGCGUCCGGAGCAGUCUCGGGAUCUCUUGCGCGUCCUGGUGGAGCAAGAGUUCCUGAGCGAGGAGGCGGCUCGCCGGCUUUUCUGGCAGGUGCUGGAGGCCGUAUGGCACUGCACCGCCUGCGGCGUCCUGCACCGGGACAUCAAGCCGGAGAACCUCCUCGUGAACCCGGAGACUGGCGAGCUGAAGCUCAUCGACUUCGGCUGCGGCACCUUCCUCCAGGAGCGGGCCUACACAGAGUUUGCCGGAACACGCUCGUACUGCCCGCCCGAGUGGAUCGGCCUUCGCUGCUACCACGGCGAUGGGGCGACCAUCUGGUCCCUGGGCGUGCUGCUCUUCGAAAUGGUGUGCGGGUUCCUGCCAUUCGAAAGCGAGCGUGAGAUCGUGUUGAGGCAGCUCAUCUUCCCGCAGGAGAUCUCUCCAGAGUGUCAACAUCUGAUCCAGUGGUGUUUGUCCAAGCACCCCAUGGAUCGGCCAGUGCUGGAGCAGAUCUUCUAUCACCCUUGGGUGUUGGGCGGGCAUUUCUGAUGCCUUGCCACAGCCUCUGCAGCACCCAGUUCCCAUGUCCCACACGGGACUGUGGGCUGAGAAAUAAAACAACCCGAAAGCCA